AUGACCCCUUUGAGUUUUUGGCUGGCCUUGGUUUUCGCCAACAGCACUUUGGCCCAAAUAUAUCCAGAUGCUCGUACCACACUAAUGAAACGCGCAAACAGUCCAACAACCCUAGUAGCAGGCUCCAAUUCGACGUUAUCAAGACUGGCCACGAGAACAAGCUCCCAUACCGUAUUAUCAAACUCGACCACUGCCGCUACAAGAGUAUCUUCUUCAACAUUGAUGACUUCCUGCAGCUACGUCACAACCGUAUUCCCAUCUAGUCUUCAGUCUAUUGCGGGGACGGGCACUCAGAAAUAUUGUACUUGUGGAGAGACAAUGGCCGGAAUUAAUCUUGCUACAUCUGGCACAUCAACUACAUCAUACUGCGCGUUGGGCACUCCUCCUCCAGCUGGUUUCUCCCAAGUUCCUGCCGGGUCAAAUGGAGAGCCCGCCUGGCAAUCGAAGGACUGCGAAUCCCCUUUCUUCAAAGACACUACAUUAAAUCCCAGUACUCGGUGGGCCAGCAUGUUUGCGGAACAAGCAUGGAAGGACGCUAUCACUUACUGGAAUGCAAACCAAAACACCGGAUUGUCUUUCAUCCAGGUUGUCAGCGAGUUCUUCAAUGGACCCCAAGGGAUAGAAUGCGGCAAGGUGGCGGACAAAAAUAACUGCAAUGCCGGAACAUCAUGCACGAAUGGCUACACGGCUGCAGCAUGGCUUGUCAUGGAGAGUUUGGUGUUAGUGAGCGAUAUGAAUGUCAACUUUUACAAUGCACUCCAAAGUGCCGAGACGGCAAUCACACCUGAUAUUGGAGCUUUUAGCGGAGCUUUUGCGCCGAUUGACAAUAGUGAAGAGAUUUUCAAAACAAUUUUAGAUUUUGUCGCCUUGGGGGCUGCGGUUGGGCUCUCCCCUGUAUGGAAUUCAUUAUUGAAGAAUCUCCAGUAUUUCAAGGCGAACCCGAACACUCUUGGCACAAUCAAGGAUUCUAUAAAUCCUAUGAUCAGCCAAAGUGUCACGAUCACAAAAGAUAACUCUGCUGCGUCGUCUUCUAUUGAAAAUACGAAUAAGAUCGACGAGAACAUGAACGGCAUGGUCCAAGUGUGGCAACAGACGAUUGAUCAAUUGAACACGCAGUUGUUCAAUGGAUCGGCUGCUUCUAUCGAUGCACUGCACGCCUUGAUCACCAACGGUAAGAUGCUCUCCGGUGAUGUCGUAAUAAGCGACCAGGACGCCCAGGCUCCGAUUGAGAAAACCAUCUAUGGCUACAUGAUCCCACAAGCCUGGAAGCUAUCCAAUACUAAUGUCACGCCGUUCAUCGUAGAUACUGGUGCCGCAUGCGACACUCCGCCAAAGGACGGUCAUGUGCCUGCGAAAGCACUCUCAGCUUGUGUUGAUAACAAAUUAUACUACCUAGUCUCUGUACAAGGGCCCUCGAGGUCCUGUACCGCUACGAUGAACAUCGAUUGCGAUGAUAACCCGUAUUCUAACGUCCCCGGGGGAGACCUUCUCGACGGCAAAGCUUGGGGGGGCGUUACAGGAGCUGAUUUUGUUCAAAGUGCACUUGCAGGAAAAGCUGCAAAUGGCGGAAAUAAUGGCUGGUCAAUGGUUGACCCAACUGCAGCGCUCGACAAUGAAAGUGAUUUGCUACUGAACGGCAACGGGAUUGAUAUGGCUGGCGUUACGCAGAUCCCAAUCUUUGUAGAUGCUGAAUUUGGAUCACCCAAGCCGCAGGAGUUGGUAUUUACCGAGAUACCACUCCUCCGCCCUUUUCGGCCUCCCAAUUCUCCCGCGCUCCGCCCCUUCACGGGCAAUACCCUCGCUCGACCCAAUCUUCCCUACCUGUCCAAUUCCAGCCAGCGACCAACUGCGCGCUUUAUGACCGUGGAGACGAAGCAAUGGUUCAAGGACGAGGUCAAGAAGGGCAUGAAGUACACGGCGUACAUAUACACAUUUGUGGCCCUGGGCCUCAUCAUAACAUUUGGGAUAUAUCAAGAACGAUUUGAACGCCAAUACCACCCGCCCCCCGAAUGGAGAUGGGUCACUCGAUACCAGUGGAAAAUGGCGAUGCAUGCAGAAGACCCAGAGAAUCCGGAGCUGGCAUUUGUGGAUUAUGCCAACACUGGAUCCGUCUACCAAUUGCUCAUUGCCAGGCUUGAAGACCCCAAUGGAGAAGGUGCUGGGCUGCAGGAACAGGGCGAGGGAGGAAUACUGGUGGAGGGGGUCGGCAGAACGGGGUUCGACAUUUCAAACAAGUCAGAGCAAUGGCGUCGCGGGUAUUAUGGAGCUCUGAUGGGAGCAGCGAGGGCCGCGGAGCACCUAGACGACUGCGUGAGAGACCCGGUGAGAAUGCUCGUGUUCCCAAAGUCUGUUGUGCCUGGCCCUUCGAACCCGAACCCGAAACCGAUCCCGCCUGGAGCAGCAAUUCCAUCGAGAGAAGAAGACUGCGAGAAAGCUUACGAGUCUCCGGAGACAUUCUACAUGCGCAUUCUUACAACGAAAGGGUUCACCGAGAAGCAGCGAGUGGACGCUGCGUUGGCAUAUGGGGCCUGGCUGGACUUCAAAGAAACGCACGAUACGGCAUUAGAGAUGUAUAAAUGGGCCAUGGACAUUGCGACCUCGAGCUCAACAUCUACGAAGCCUGUGAUUGACAAAGCGACUGGGACUAUUGACCCCACUGCGGGACCACCAAGUGCCAACGUACUUGCGGUAGCAACAGCGAUUGCUGUUCAUCAUGCGUUGUGCUCAAACCUCGCACUCGCCCUUCCAGUCUUCAUCUCCAUCCUUCGCUCACGCAGGUCGUUACCAGACCCUCCGAGCAACCCCCAACUCGAAUCCGCACCGGACGGAGAUACUAGCAUCGCGAAGACCAUUGCAUCAUUCAUACAUGGCAUCUUCGUCGUACCCCCCUACCCCCCACCGCCACCAGAUGGCACCGAACCACCACAGCGAACAUCCCAAGAGUUAUGCGAAGAGGCAGGGGUGAUGACGAACAUUGGGGAAAUCCUAUUCGCCUCGAAAAGCAGCAAAACGAGCAAGGAGGAUGGGUUGGCCUGGACAAGGGAAGCAGUUGAUAUCGCAGAGGAGGAACUGAGAACCAAAAGACCUGACAAGGAGGCCAAAAAGACAUGCAAACAAUGCUUGGAAGUGGCCAUUGGCAAUUGGGAGACGAUGGUUGAAAGGCUUGCAAGCGAAGAGAGGGAGGCCAAAGCGCAGGGCGGGAAAGUUGGGGGUUGGUUGGGUUUUGGAGGAGAGGAGCAAAAGGACAUGGCUGGGAGGUGGGAGAGCGAGGAGAAUGUUGUCAAGGAGAGGAGGCGGAGGGUGAUGGAGCUUCUUGAAGUGAUACCGGGACCUAAGUGGACUUCGAUCUUGUCUGUUUGA